AUGUCCUGGUCACAGAAAAGCUUCACUCUGCCUGCGAAAUCGAGAGGUUCAUACCUGAUUACCGAUACGGUGGUUAAAGAGCUGCCGGAGAUCAAAGAUUAUAAGGUUGGAUUGCUGAAUCUGUUCAUUCAACAUACGUCUUGUGCGUUGAGCUUGAAUGAGAAUUGGGAUUCGGAUGUUAGGGAGGAUAUGAGUGAUGCGUUGGACAGGAUUGCGCCGGAAGAUAAAGAGGGAGAGUUGUAUAGGCAUAGUGCUGAGGGGUUGGAUGAUAUGCCUGCACACAUUAAAUCGGCAUUGAUUGGAGCGAGUGUUACGGUACCAAUUAGCAACGGGAAGCUGGCUACAGGAACGUGGCAAGGGAUUUGGUACCUGGAAUUCAGAGCGUACAAGCAUUCGAGGAAGGUUGUUGCCACGAUACAGGGAGAGAAGAUGUGA